CUUCAGCGUCUCUCAUCCUCAUCACCAACGACCCAACUAACUCUCUCUUGUGUGCGUGUGAGCAACAGAGCAAGCAUGGACUUCUCCUACUUCUUCUCGUCGUCCUCGGAGAAGAAGUCCUCGAAGCGCCGGCAGCAGCAGCAGGACAGUGGCAACAACGAGACGAAGUACCUCGGGGUGAGGCGGCGGCCGUGGGGCCGGUACGCGGCGGAGAUCCGGGACCCGGCCACCAAGGAGCGGCACUGGCUGGGCACGUUCGACACGGCGGAGGAGGCCGCCAUCGCCUACGACCGCGCCGCCCGCAACCUCCGUGGCGCGAGCGCCCGCACCAACUUCGCCUACCCGGACCUGCCGCCGGGCUCCUCCAUCACCCCCUACCUCUCCCCCGACCUCUCCGCCGACCAGCUUCAGAGCUACUACGCCGCCGGCCCCGUCGUCCCCGCCGCUCAUCAGUCAACGCCGCUGGCCCGCGAUCAGGCUCAGGCCUACUCUCAUGGCGGCGCCGGCAGCGAGGCCUACCAGUACCACGUGCCGGCAGAGGUGCCGUCCUACGGCGCGCUCGACGCCUCGAUGGCCUACGGCGGGAACGCUGAGAAGAUGGAUAUGUACUUCGACGGCGGCAACGGUGGCGGCGCCGCCAGUGGCGGCGGCAGGGCGUGGUGCGACGCGGCGGAGCUGGACUUCGGUGGCUACAACGACGCAGCGGCCAGCGGCUCGCACGGCAUGUACUUCGAGGAAGGGUAUGUGCACAGCCCUCUGUUCUCGCCGAUGCCGGCCGCCGACGAGGUCGACGGGUUCCAGCUCGGCGGCUCGUCGUCCUCGUACUACUACUGA